CAGCGGUCUGAUCAGUCGUUCCACCCGCGUGCGUCUGCACGGCACCUCGCAGCUGCUCCUUGACAGCCUCCAGUCACCUUUGACCGUGUGCGACCUUCUGCUGCCUCCGGCAUUGCUGCGUGGAAUGAGGCUCCACCUUUUCGAUCGCGUCGCGGAGUGCAAGCAGACGGAGGGCCUGCUUCGUGAUGCGCCGACUUGCAGCGUUGUGGUGUCCAUCCAUACCUCAGACUUGAUCUCUUCAUCUUCGUAGUCUCCGGCCUCGUUCUUCACAUCAUCCCAUGUUUUUCCGCUCAGGCAUCACCUGUUAUUACCUCGGAAUUCGUGCUCCACCUUCUCCUCACCGUCAAUCGACCUGCACACUUGUGGUAUAGUGAUUGUACUUGUCGCUUUCUUGCUCCUCGCAACCAUGCAAAGCUCGAAACUGACAUCCUUCCCUUCCUUUUGCUUCGGUGUGUUUAGCCUUGCAUUCUCCCUCCACAAUCUCUUCUCAGGCCUCCGCGCAAUGCGACUUUGGUACUUCGAUCGUCCGCUCGACUGCGCGUGGCGUCGUGUUCAUGUCGGUGAAUUGGGCAUGCGUAUCGCGAGGCGGAGAUGACCGUGUUGUCGGUGAUGGCGAAAAUCGCGCGUGGGAGUCGGUCUUGUACAGACGCCAAUAGCUCGGAUGAAGGAUGAUGCCACGACCGGUCUUUUCCAUAUCUUCGGCGUUGAGAGUACCUGCGGUCACGGCAUUGCGCAGGUGAAUUUCCGACAGAGAGAACGGCGCCUAAAGAACGAGCUUUAGCGAAGUUCAUGGGCGUCGUGAACGUGAAUGAGUUUUCC